AGGGGAGGGCGAGAGAGCAAGUGAAAGAGAAAGACAGGGGGGAAAACGACUCUGCAGUUCACCCUGACUGUGGUUUGUAUGUGCUGUGGUUGGUGUGUAUGGUAUUAUCUCCAACCUGCUUUUUUGUUGUUGUGGUGACACUCAUUUUUCUCUCUCUCUCUCUGUCUCCCUGGGUGUGUGGAGGUUGAGGUUCUAUACAGUUCAAUGAAUCGGAUUAAUCCACACGGUGCUGUUUGCUUUUUUCCCCACCAAAGGAUUGCCCCAUGUCCUUAAGGAGAGUCCAGUCCCAUGAUCCUCGGACACAUGUUGGUGAUCACUUGAAAACUGACUGUUCUAGGAUGGUGUGUUCUUUUUUUCCUCUCUUCCUGAUCUACACUGUCCUCUGGGGAAACCAUCCGCCAUCUUUUCUCCAUGGCUGAAGCAGUGAAACUCAGUGACCGUCUCCUACACAAGUGAAACAAGGGAGUGAGGAAGGCCGCUCUGCAUUUGGCAUGCUCCAUUUUUCACUUCAGCUCACAUGUACAAGCACACAAUUUUGGCUGAGGAGGAGAUAAAGACGGGGCCAGAUGUGAUUGACGGGAUGGACAUGUCCAUGCAACCCAAAGUGUCGGACCCAGGGUCAGCUGAGAAGGCCCUGGCAGCGCAGAAGCGCAAGCUGCCCAGCCCCCCUCACUCCUCCAACGGACACUCUCCGUCCAGCACCUCCCCCAGCCCCAUUAAAAAGAAGAAGAAGCCAGGCCUCAUCCACAGCAACAAAGACCAGUCUGAGCUAAGGCAUGGUCCCUUUUACUAUGUGAAGCAACCAGCACUCACCACAGACCCUGUUGAUGUUGUACCACAGGACGGCCGCAACGACUUCUACUGCUGGGUGUGCCACCGCGAGGGACAGGUGCUCUGUUGCGAGCUCUGCCCGCGGGUGUACCACGCCAAGUGCCUGAAACUGGCAGCAGAGCCCGAGGGCGACUGGUUCUGCCCCGAGUGUGAGAAAAUAACAGUGGCCGAGUGCAUAGAGACUCAGAGCAAAGCGAUGACCAUGCUGACAUUAGAGCAGCUAUCUUAUCUGCUGAAGUUUGCCCUCCAGAAGAUGAAGCAGCCGGGGACAGAGCCAUUCCAAAAGCCUGUUUCCCUGGAACAGCACCCAGAUUAUGCAGAGUACAUCUUCCACCCAAUGGACAUAUGCUCACUAGAAAAGAACAUAAAGAAGAAGAUGUAUGGCUGCACAGAGGCCUUCCUGGCCGAUGUGAAGUGGAUCCUACACAACUGCAUAAUUUACAAUGGAGGCAACCACAAACUGACAGCGACAGCUAAAGUGAUUGUGAAGAUCUGUGAGCAUGAGAUGAACGAAAUCGAAGUUUGUCCAGAGUGCUACUUAUCGGCUUGCCAAAAGAGGGACAACUGGUUUUGUGAGCCAUGUUGCCAGCCUCACCCCCUAGUCUGGGCCAAGCUGAAGGGGUUUCCUUUCUGGCCAGCCAAAGCCCUGAGAGAGAAAGAUGGACAGGUGGACGCCCGCUUUUUUGGCCAGCAUGACAGGGCAUGGGUCCCUAUAAACAACUGCUACCUGAUGUCCAAAGAGAUUCCCUUCUCUGUGAAGAAGACCAAGAGCAUCUUCAACAGCGCCAUGCAGGAGAUGGAGGUGUACGUGGAGAACAUCCGCAAGAAGUUUGGCGUCUUCAACUACGCUCCUUUCCGGACACCGUACACACCCAACAACCAGCUCCAGAUGCUGCUGGACCCGGCCAAUCCAGGGGCCGGCACAGUCCGACUGGAGAAGCAGGAGAAGAUCAAGUUCAACUUUGACAUGACGGCCUCCCCCAAGAUGCUCCUGGGCAAGAGCAUGUUGUCAGGGGGAACGGGACGGCGGAUAUCCAUGACGGACAUGCCGAGAUCCCCCAUGAGCACCAACUCGUCUGUUCACACGGGGUCGGACGCGGAGCAGGAAACGUCGGACAGGGCAGGACGAAUGCACCACUACAGCGCUGGGGAGGAGUCCAUGGAUUACACGGCAUCUCCAGCCUCUAAGAUGGGUGCAAUGAGUAGCACAGACAGCCCUAAGCCCUUCUCCCCUCAGGGCUCAGCCACGCCAUUCAUAAAACAGGAGCGGGCCUCCACCGGCAGCAUCCUCAACCUGAAUCUGGAUCGGAUCAAAGCGGAGAUGGACCUGAAAGAGCUCAGUGAAACGGUACAGCAACAGCAGCAGCAGCAGUCGGGGGCAUCAGUGCUCCUCACCUCUGCAAAGAGACCCAUCCGUAGUCUGGACAAGACCAUUGAGAGCUGCAAGGCCCAGCUUGGUAUUGAUGAGCUCUCUGAGGACGUGUACCGGCAUGUGGAGCACAGUGACUCUGAGGACUCGGACAAGUCAGACUCCAGCGACAGCGAGUACCUCAGCGACGAGGAGCAGAAGCCCAAGAACCACAGCCAGGACAAGGACAAGGAGAGGGCCGACCGAGAGUCCAGAAAGAGAACCCACAGCGCCUCGACGGAGAGACCCGAGAAGAACGGAGGGCCUCCUGGGGCGAUGGCGGCAGGCCGGGACAAAGGUGGCGCCCCCGAUGGCUCGGGGCCGGCGAAGGACAAACACAACAGCGUGGAGAAGGAUGCUCAGGAGAAACCUCGGGCGCCUCAGCAGCAGCAGCAGGUGAAGGAGGAGCCGAGGGCCAGGCCUGGCACGGACGCAGACAUGGACUCGGACUCCGAGAGGGAGCUGGUGAUCGACCUCGGGGAGGAGAUGGGCCGAGACCGGAAACGGCCCAAGAAGGAGCCCACAUCUGUCCCCGUAGCAGCAACCAAGGAGCCACCAGCCAUCAAAACAGAGGGUAAAGCUCCUUCCUCCAGCAACACAGCAGCCUCCUCCUCCUCCUCCUCUGCGGAUAGCACUUCCAGUACCACCAACACUAGCAUCAAAGACUCUCCCCACCCAGCUGUGAGUGUCCCCCUGAAUGUGGGGUCCUUUCCGACCUUGACCUCUUCAACUGUGGUCCCUGGAGCCACCUCCACCACCUCUUCCACAUCUCCAGCUGCCAUUCCGUCCACAGUGCCUUCCUCAUCCACCGCUGUCUCCUCCUCCUCCUCCUCUUCCUCUUCCUCCUCCAACGCAGUGAAGAAGCAGCGCCCCCUGCUGCCCAAAGACAAUGCGGCAGCCGCCGCCGCCGCAGCUCAGGCCAUUCAGCCGCGCGCGGUCGUGUGGAAUCCUGCCACCAAUCCUGCUAAGUUCCAGACGUCCUCGCAGAAGUGGCACAUGCAGAAAGUGCAGCGGCAGCAGCAGGAGACGCAGUCCACACAGCCAGCUGCGCAGACGCAGUCGCAGCAGCAGCAGUCACAGCAGCCGCAGCCGCAAACACAGGUGCAGGUGCAGACGCAAGGCACAUCAGCAGCGCAGGCACAGUCCUCCAGCACACGAUACCAGACCAGACAAGCACUGAAAGUUCAAGUGAAGGACUCUCCCCAGAGUGCAUCGACGUCUGGGUCUUCUCUGGCCUCCUCGUCCUCCAUGGCUGGAGAUUUCAGCAUCCCCACCGCCUCUGCUGACGUGGCUGCAGACAUUGCCAAAUACACUAACAAAAUAAUGGACACAAUCAAAGGGACAAUGACAGAAAUGUAUCAGGACCUCUCCAAAAACACCUCUGGCAACACUAUAGCAGAGAUCCGCAGGCUGAGGAUAGAGAUAGAAAAACUCCAGUGGCUGCACCAGCAGGAGCUCUCUGAGAUGAAGCACAACCUGGAGCUGACCAUGGCAGAGAUGCGUCAGAGCCUGGAGCAGGAGCGUGAGCGGCUGGUGGCGGAGGUGAAGAAGCAGAUGGAGGGGGAGAAGCAGCAGGCCGUGGACGAGACCAAGAAGAAGCAGUGGUGCGCCAACUGCCGCAAGGAGGCCAUCUUCUACUGCUGCUGGAACACCAGCUACUGCGACUACCCCUGCCAGCAGGCCCACUGGCCCGAGCACAUGAAAUCCUGCACGCAGUCAGCCACAGCAUCGCAACAGGAGCCUGAAGCAGAGGCCCCGUCAGAGCCGGCAGGCAAAUCCACGGGUCAGACCCCCAACAUCCAGCCCUCUCCACCUGCGGACAGCUACCCCCAGACAAACAAAGACCCCUCGCCUGCUGGUGCAGAUAGGGGACGGGACAGUGCCAGUGUCAGUGUGUCCUAACCCUCAAUCACAGCACCAGUGCCUGUGGGCCUGUACAUAAAUAUAUAUUAUUAUAAUUAUUAUUAUUAUUAUUAUUAUUAUUAUUAUUAUUAUUAUUAUUUUUAAUCUUGGUGUAUGUCACCUUGCUCUGUUACAAACGUCUUACUGAAGAUUGCUACAGCGAUAUAUUGACACUUUUUUUAUGGUUGGGCUGACGGUGAUUACCAACGCCUCUUUGUCUGUCCAGGGAUUGUGGAUGACAUCGAAAUCAAGAGUUUUUUUUUUUUUUGGACCUUACCAAUGAAUUCACAGCACACUAUGAAGAAAAUAUCAAAUGAUGUAAAUGUGAAACAACUUUUUUAUACACACAUAUAGCUCCAUAUAAAAAAAGAUACAUACAGACUUUAUACAGUUAUACAUGAUAGUAGCACUUCCAAGUGCCUGUGGACAUUCUUUGAAAUAUGGAAAAUAACGGUUUUAUGAAUGGACGUGGUACCGUAUCAGUUUGAGGACUUGGAACUGUCAUCACUCGCUAUGAAGGAUUCCUCAGAUGCUGUGUGUUGUGAACGUGAUCACAGAGACCGACAAAGAGAACAUUAAUGACUGUGUAUUUCUUGUGAGCAUGUUUUUUUCCUGUCUAUGUCUCACAGAUUCCAUUGUUUACAUAUUGUAAAUAAAACAUAAUGGUGAAGGUAGACUUUA